UAGAACGCCGGGAGAGGGCCACAGAGUCCACCCGGCCAGCAGCCUGAUCACUAUGGCGUUCUUCAACGUUCUCUCCUCCAGAACCUUAUCCCACUCUGCUGUCAUGUCCGCCGCUAUCAAGAACGUGACGGUGAUUGGCAGUGGCCUGAUGGGUGCUGGUAUUGCUCAGGUAGCAGCACAAACUGGCCAUCAUGUGACCAUGGUAGAUAUUGAUGCUGUUGCCGUAGAAAAGGCACAGAAGAGAAUUAACGAUUCUAUCCAACGUGUAGCUAAGAAGAAAUUUGGUGGUGAAAGUGAGGAGGCUAGAAAGUUUGUCGCGGAUUCUGUCUCUCGCCUCAGCACAUCAACUGAUGCUGUGGCAUCUGUAGGAACAGCGGAUUUGGUAGUAGAGGCUAUUGUUGAAAAUUUGGAUGUAAAGAAGAAGCUAUUUACAGAGCUAGAUAAGGUAGCGCCUUCCCACACCAUAUUUGCUUCCAACACGUCGUCUUUGUCCAUUGGUAAAAUAGCAGAUGCUACUAACCGUAGGGAUCGAUUUGGAGGUCUUCAUUUCUUCAACCCAGUGCCAGUUAUGAAGCUGCUGGAGGUUGUGCGCAUCGCAGAAACGUCACAAGACACUUACGAAGCAAUGUGUAGUUGGGGCAAAGCCAUGGGCAAGGUGACUGUGGAGUGCAAGGACACACCUGGAUUUAUUGUCAAUCGUCUGCUAGUGCCAUACAUGUUUGAAGCCGUUAGGAUUCUGGAAAGAGGUGAUGCUAGUGCCCGUGAUAUUGACACUGCAAUGAAACUUGGUGCCGGUUACCCAAUGGGACCCUUUGAGCUCAUGGACUAUGUUGGUCUUGACACUGGGAAAUUCAUUGUUGAUGGUUGGCACAAGGAGUUCCCAGAUGACCCCCUCUUCAAACCAUCUCCUGUAAUGGAUAAAUUAGUGAAAGAGGGUAAACUAGGAGUGAAGACUGGUGAAGGAUUCUACACCUACAAGAAAUAAUGGUGCAACACAGGAGAUACAGAGAAUAUAUUUUUAGAUGGAAAGCCCAGCAACACACUGGAUGAAAGUGUCCUCUGUAUUAUACAAAUCAUAUGAGCAUACUACGCUCAUUCUUGGAAUGAUAGAAGUCUGUUCCCAAGACAUAAUUUAUUAUACAAUACAAGAGUGUUUGUCACUAUUAUAUAAGUAUACUGGCAGAGGGGUGGAUAUGCACAUCAAUGCAAUAUUAUAUAAAAGUAAUUAAUAUUAAAAUGUCUUUUAUAGGUUUGUAUAGACUAUUUAAUUAUAUGAAAAGUAAUUAAUGUUUGACAAACAAAAAUUCAAAUAAAAGUUUUUCAUUAUUUUAAA